AUGUCACAAAAUGCUAGUUCGCCAGGGCCGGAUCUAGGUGCAGGCACCAUAGAAUCCAUUUCCACGGCACCCCUCUUGCUGGCCGCUGUCGCAGCGCUCAUUUUCUACGAGUACGCCAUCUUGCUCGGGCAAGAGGUGACUGUCGUGUGGCAGCGAAAGCUCAGUCCUGCAUCCCUCCUCCUCCUUACCAUACGCUGGACAUUGCUAUUCGAGGCCAUAUCGCUCGUUCUGCCACAACCGUCACCAGAGGCAGCAAUCUUCGCCGGCUUGCGAGUGUUUGCGAUAACGAAUCACAAUUACAUCCUGUCGCUCGUCGUCUUGAUCCUGAUUUUGACCCCGGUCAUAACCAACUCUUAUGCGAUCGCUAUUCGUGCAGUAGCUCUGCCCUUCAUAGGUCCGCGGCUAGUGAUAUGCACGCCUAAAACGCUCAUCUCGAACAAGACAUCUAGAAUCGCGUUAUGCGGUCGGAUACCGGUGAUUGUGGGAGAAUCGAUUACUAUCGUUCUGACAUGGAAGAAGGCCUACCGUCGGCAGCAAAUUCUCGUCAAUAUUCGUGGUCCAGCUUCACUGACUCAGACCCUUAUCUGCGACGGGACUGUGUAUUUCAUGGUUAUGAUGUUCGUUAAUAUUGCUGAGAUAUUAGUUCUCACACAUGGUCAGUCGACGGCCUUCGCAGGACCAUUCCUGGAUGCGCUACCUCCAAUUCUCAUAUGCAGGUUCAUAAUGAACCUGCGCCGCUCGUCGGACCAUUCGGGCUACACCAAGGACUCACAGGUCGAGCUGGAUUUGCCUGGAGAGAUACAGACGAAGUCAGUUGUGUUCCGACAUUUUAAUCAGGGGUUAGAUGAAUUCGGACGCUCGCUGGACGUGGGUGGGAGCCGUACACGAAGCAACUCGACUACCAGUUGGCGGAACAGAGGCGGAUCGGUGUUAUCGGAGUCGACCAUGGAAGACUACUCGGACGAGACUGGAAUUAUUCUUGCGGUGCUAAAACGAUCUGCAGAUAGUGCAGCUCCACUACCAUGA